AUGGUUGGUUGGUUGGAUGAAUGGAAGGAUGGUUGGAUGGAUGGUUGGAUGGAUGGUUGGUUGGAUGAAUGGAAGGAUGGUUGGAUGGAUGGUUGGUUGGAUGAAUGGAAGGAUGGGUGGAUGGAUGGUUGGUUGGAUGGAAGCGUGACCUACCUUCUCUUCCUCCUCCUCACUUCCCUCCACCUCUAUGCCAAUUACCGUGCCGUCCGCUCUGUUGUCAUGGAGACACUUAACCGGUCGCGGCUUAGCAUCAUCCUGGAACAUUUUUUGCGAGAGGGACGGAUUCUUAGUCCGGCGGAAGCCAAUGGCAUGGAGCCGUUGUUACCUGGUCUGGGCUCGCAGGUACCCCUCAGUCUCGGCGUGCCCCUCACUGCGCUGGUCUCCAGGUACAUCAUCAUCAUCAUCGUUAUAUUACUGACCAGACGCCGGCUGGCGGUGGUUCUACAUGAAGGAGCCGGCAGCGUGGACAUCGUGAGGUCCGUGGUCCAUGCAGAAAUCCUUCAUAGGAAGUCCCGGAGCUCAGAUCCGACGCGCUUCCACGUCCUGGAGGAGACGCACGCUCAGCUGGACCGCCUCUUCCCCGACUUCUGCCAAG